AUGUCCUCCACAACCUCUCAACCCCUCAAAGUCAUCCUCCGCCCCCACGCCUCCCGCGGCCACGCAGACCACGGCUGGCUCUACACCUUCCACACCUUCUCCUUCGCCAGCUACUACGACCCCCACUUCGAAUCCCUCGGCCCCCUCCGCGUCAUAAACGAAGACCGCGUCGCCGCCGGCCGAGGUUUCGGCGCCCACCCACACGCCGAAUUCGGGAUUUGGUCGUACAUCGUCCGCGGCGCGCUGGGACAUAAAGACUCUAUGGGGAAUUUCGAGACACUCAAGAGAGGGGAGGUACAAUUCACGAAUGCGGGCACGGGGAUAAGGCACGCGGAGAUGAAUGGCAGUGAGGAGGAGGAGGUGCAUUUUUUGCAGAUCUGGGCGAAGCCGAAUGUGAGGGGGACGAAGCCGAGUUAUUGUACGAGGGAGUAUACGGAUGCGCAGAAGGAGGAUAAGUUGGUGAGGAUUAUGGAGGGGAAGGAGAGGCAUAGUGGGAAGGACGAGCCGUCUGAACCGAUUAAGAUUCUGGCGGACUUAUCUAUGGAUGCGUCGAUCCUCUCUCCCGGGAAGAGCGUGACGCAUGAAUUGGUGAAGGAGGGGGAGAGGGAGGUUUAUGUCCACCUUGUUAUGGGGGGGAGGACGCAGCCGAAAGUGGGAGGGGCGAGGAUUCGAGUUGGUGGGGUGGAGUUGGGGGAGGGAGAUGGGGCGUUUGUGAAGGGUGCGAAGGGGCCGGGGGUGAUUGAGGUGGAGAGCGUGGGUGAUAAGCCGGCGGAGUUUUUGUUGUUUGAUAUGGGGAGGGAGUGA